AGUAUGCCGCUGUGGCCUGAGUCUGCCGAAGCCCAGGACAGACUGCGGGAGGUCUCUACGAGAUGUCAGUCGGACGCCCCACGGGGCGCCAGCUUCCACAUUCAGCAAGACCCCGCCGGACCUGAGCGGGGCCGUGGUGCACGCACACCUGUAAUCACAGUUACUGGGAAGGCUCAGGCAGGAGGAUGCAAAGUUUGAGGCCAGCCUGCCUCAAAAUAAAAAGGGCUAAGGUGAGGGGAGUGCCGCUCAGUGGGGGGAGCCUUUGCCAAGCUGGCGGGACACCCCAACUUCCAUCCUUGACACCACCAAAAACUAAAAAUAAAAAGUCACAUGUCAGCAGUGCCUCGCCUACCCAGAACCGUCCAAGGCACCCGGGAUCCUGGGACAGACGCUCGGGACCCUCUGCAGCGCUCACCUCGGGUCUCGGCCCCCCAGCACCCCCACUAUUCUCCCUGCUCCCCUUCCCUGCACCCCCGCCCCCGCCCUGGCCCUGGCCUUGGCCUUGGCGGUGCCACAAGGGCGGGCGGAUGGUGGCGGGGGGCGCGCACGCAGCGCAGCCGCCAGAAGGCGGGGGAGAAAGGCGGGGCGCACGGUAUAAACGCGGGGCGCUGCGCGCGACCGGAGGAAUCGCGGAGCCCAGCAGCACCGCCGGGAACCUCCUCGGGACCUGCGCGUCUCGCCCCAGCUCCCCCGGACGUCCCGGGCCGGGUCCAGGCGCGCAGGAGGAGCAGCAGGAGACUGCGGGGCCAUGCGCGCUGCGGCCACUCCGGGGCCCAACGCGUCCUGGGCGGCGCUGGGCAACGGCUCGGACGGCCCGGACCCCGCGCCGCUGCCGCUGGACGCCUGGCUGGUGCCGCUCUUCUUCGCCGCGCUCAUGGUGCUUGGCCUGGCCGGGAACUCGCUGGUCAUCUUCGUCAUCUGCCGCCACAAGCCGAUGCGGACGGUGAGCAACUUCUACAUCGCCAACCUGGCGGCCACGGACGUGAUCUUCCUGGUGUGCUGCGUCCCCUUCACGGCCCUGCUGUACCCGCUGCCGACCUGGGUGCUGGGUGACUUCAUGUGCAAGUUCGUCAACUACAUUCAGCAGGUCUCCGUGCAGGCCACGUGCGCCACCCUGACCGCCAUGAGCGUGGACCGCUGGUACGUGACCGUGUUCCCGCUGCGCGCUCUGCACCGCCGCACGCCGCGCUUGGCGCUGGCCGUCAGCCUGGGCAUCUGGGUGGGCUCGGCGGCCCUGUCCGCCCCGGUGCUCGCCCUGCACCGCCUCUCCCCGGGGCCGAGGACCUACUGCAGCGAGGCCUUCCCCAGCGCCGCCCUGGAGCGCGCCUUCGCCCUCUACAACCUGCUGGCGCUGUACCUGCUGCCGCUCGCGGCCACCUGCGCCUGCUACGGGGCCAUGCUGCGCCACCUCGGCCGCGCCGCCCUGCGCCCUGCGCCCUCCGACAGCACCUCCCAGGGGCGGCUGCUGGCCCAGCGCGCGGGGGCGGUGCGCGCCAAGGUGUCCCGGCUGGUGGCAGCCGUGGUGCUGCUCUUCGCCGCCUGCUGGGGCCCCAUCCAGUUGUUCCUGGUGCUGCAGGCCUUGGGUCCGGCCGGCCAGUGGCACCCGCGCAGCUACGCCGCCUACGCACUCAAGACCUGGGCGCACUGUAUGUCCUACAGCAACUCGGCCCUUAACCCACUGCUCUACGCCUUCCUGGGCUCCCACUUCCGCCAGGCCUUCCGCAGCGUGUGCCCCUGCGCCCCAAGGUGCCGGCGGCGGCCCCGUGCCUCCGCGCUCCUGGCUCGUGGUGCCCCCCAAGCCGAGCUGCGCUGCUUGGGCGCCCAGCCGGUGCCACCCGGACUCUGAGGCCCUGGAGUCGGGGCCUGGCCCCGUGCAGCUUGUGAGUCCUGGGGGGCUCGCAGCCCCUUUCUUAGCCCCUGUGGCCACCUGGGCGAAGCUUGUUUUCCUGUUAAUCGUGGUUUUCUUUUUUUGUCGCGUCCCUGUGUGGGGCUUGGUCUUCAUUUGUUGUGAUGUUUGUUGUUGACACCAUGAUCACUAUUUCUGAGCGUCCUCCAGGGGAGGCCCCAGCGGGAAGACUCGACAGAGCUUUCCAGAGAGAGUUGGAGGUCUCCCCACACUUUGUGGUUGACUGUGCCAUUGCUAAGAUCCCAGGACUUCUCUGGAUCUUAAAAUGCGGGGGGAGAGGGAGGUGUGCACGCCUUGACCAGUGACACAGAGGGACCCUGUGGCUAUCAGGGGAGCAUCUGGCCUGGACUGGGGGAGCAGUGGUGUCCUUGCAUAAAUCAGCCCUGUCUUGGGGAGCAGUGCACUUAUUCUAGCACUCUGGGAGGCUAAGGCGGGAGGGUCUCAAAUUCCAUCCCAGCCUGGGCAACUCAGCAACUUAGGAAGCCUCUGGUUUAACUGAAUAAAACAAUUAAUUAACA